AUGUACCCCAAAGGAAAUGUGCCUGAAUGUAAAGAUUUUGUGUCACUGUUUUUAAACUUGUGCAUCACCGGAAAUUUAAUUGUGGAUUACAAGUUUUCAAUUGUAAACGCCGAGGGUAAAAAAGUGCAUACUCAAGAGGACCGGCGAGAAUUUCAUUACUACACGACAAACGCAAAAACCAAUCGAGAUACUUUAGGGUUUGAUAAGUUUAUCAAACGUGAUGAGCUUUUUGAUCUAGAAAAUGGUCUUCUUGUUGACGAUAAACUGACAAUUUAUUGUGAGAUAAGUUACAUUUCAGACACCAAAUCCGUUUCUGACACCAAUGAUCGCAUAAAACUAAUGGAGAGCGUUACUGAAAAUCAAGCACUAGAAGAUUAUGGCAAUUUGCUCAAAUCAGAAAAGUUAUCUGAUGUCAUUCUAUCCGUUAAAGGAAAAAAUUUGUUUGCUCACAAGGCUAUCUUGGCCGCUCGAGCAGGUUAUUUUGCAGCAAUGUUUGAACAUGAAACAAAGGAAAAGAAGGAAAACAAAGUGGACAUACCUGAUGUAGACGCCGAAGUUCUGACAGAGAUGCUGACGUUCAUAUACACCGGAAAAGUGCCCUCCAUGGAUAAAUACGCAAUUGAACUGCUUGCAGUCGCAGAUAAGUAUCAACUUGACUCGUUGAAAACUAUAUGCGAAGAGGCGCUUUGCUCAAAGUUGGCUCCUGAGUUGGUGCAGAACUUUCUACUUCUUGCUGAUUUGUACAACGCCAACAAAUUGAAAACCAAAGCUUUGGAUUAUAUUAGAAACCAUACUCAAGAUACAAUGGCAGCAGUUCUCAAUGGCAACAAACCCGAAUUGCUAAUUGAAGCUUUUCGAAACUUAGCUAUAAAAAGCCAAAAUUUGUUUUCUGAAAAACAUGGUGUUAUUGAAGAAUUAAAGUAA